AUGGAAACCGAAAUUCUAGCAAAUAUUAACGUUCCUAACGUCAUCGACAGAGAUGAAUGUAUUUAUUGUUUCGAAACGUCUGUUAACAAUGUCUCCGAGGGCCAAACAACAGCUGACCAGUUACAUUCAUUGAACGUCUGUCUAUCAUGUUUUCAAUCUGUUUGUAAGCUACACCGGGAAUUACAUAUGAAUGUCACUGAGAACUCCUGUGAUACUGUGCAUACCAAUUAUUUACAAGUAGCAAAAUUAGAGAAACCAAAGAAGGAAUCUGACGAUGAAGGUAACACUACCCCUACAAAGAAGAUUAAACUACAAGUUACGGAGAAAUCAGAGGAUCAAUUAUAUGACACAGUAUGGAAAUUAUUGCACAUCGAUGGUGAAAACAUCGAGACUUUAUUGAAUAGCGAAUCUCUUGACGCUCAAAGUACCCCUGAGAAAAUAGCAUCCAUCCUAAACGCCAAAUCUCAACAGUUAGCAGAUCAAGCAAGUUCUUGGGAAUUAGAGAUACAUACAUGUGAACACUCUAGAAAUUUCAAUGUUGAUACAAUUCCUGUUUCGAAAGUGGACACUACCAAAUGUAACGAUUGUAAUUUAGAUUCAAAUUUAUGGUUAUGUUUAUAUUGUGGGAAUAUAGGCUGUGGUAGAGAGCAAAUAGGUAUUGAGGGCCAUUCACACGGGUUGAAACAUUAUGAGACUCAUAGAGACCACUGUUUGGCUAUUAAAUUGGGUUCAUUAAGUGAGAAUUCUAAUGAUUUAUAUUGUUAUCAAUGUGAUGAUGAAGUCAAAUUUAAUGAUGGUAACAAGACUUUAUCGUUAAUUUUGACCAAAUUUGGAAUUGACAUAUCGAGUAAGAUGGCUACUGAAAAGACUUUAACUGAGUUACAAGUGGAACAAAAUAUGAAUUGGGAUUUUAAGAUGACCGAUUCUCAAGGUAAUAAAUUAGUUUCUUUACAAGCAAACGAUGAGCUAGGAUGCGGAUUACUAAACCUUGGAAACUCAUGUUAUUUGAAUUCUGUCAUUCAAUGUCUAAUCAAUGAUGGUGUAUCUCAUUGGGGUGAACAAUUAAUAGAAGACAUCGGUGUCGAAUUCCCAAUGGACGUAGUUUAUCCUAGCAAUAAUUUGAAAUGCCAAUUAAUUAAAUUAACAAAUGCAUUGAAAAUGACCCCUGACCAAUACCCACAAGGAAUUAAACCUCGUACGUUUAAGAAGUGUAUUGGUGGUAACCAUGAGGAAUUUAGUUCGAAUAGACAACAGGACGCAAUGGAAUUUUUAACAUAUCUGAUUACACAAUUAGAUAAAAAAUAUUUCGAUAAGAGGUUUCCUACUGCUGAUGAUAUUAAUAAUAAUCCAAGUGACUUAAUCAGAUUCACAAUGGAAGAUAAGUUACAAUGUCAAACGUGCCAUAAAGUUAAAUAUUCGUAUAACACAGCAGAAGCAUUACAAUUACCUUUAUUAGAGAACGAUGACAUACAAGAUAUAAAGGAACGGUUGUCAGAUUUUUUUGCAAAUGAGACUAUUGAAUUUAAUUGUCCAUCUUGUCAUUCGGAUAUGGGUAAUGUUGCCACAAAACAAGCUCGUAUGAAGACCUUCCCUGACACAUUAGUAUUAAAUCCGAUCAGAAUUAAAUUGGUUAAUUGGACACCUGUAAAGACCAGUAAUGAGCUAGUAUUACCAGGUGUCGACGAUCCUGAAGAAACCUUAGAUAUGAGUCAAUGGAAAGCGCAUGGGUUCGAUUCGGAUAAAGAACAAUUGAUGGAAGAUAACGAGACAUCGGGAUUUAAACCUAAUAUUGAAACAAUGUCACAAUUGAAAGAAAUGGGUUUUAGUGAAAAUGCCAGUAUGAGAGCAAUAUAUGCAACUGGGAAUCAACCUGGAAAUACUGAAUCCGCUAUGAAUUGGUUAUUCCAACAUGUUGACGACGCCGAUUUGAAUGAUCCAUUUGAACAACCACCAGAAGAAGACAAACAAAAGAACAAUGAAGUCGACUCUAAUGUAUUAGAUAGUAUGUUAGCCAUGGGCUUAGACGGCAAAUUGUCCAAGAAAGCAUUAUUAUUGAACCAAGGAGAUGUCAAUCGUAGUAUUGAAUGGGUAUUCAAUAACAUGGACGACGAUGGAGAAAUUGAUGAAAUAAGUACCACCACUAACAUUGAUGGUAACAAUAAUGAGGUUAAAGAAUAUGGUUAUACCGAACCACCACGUUAUAAAUUGAGAGGAGUUGUUUGUCAUAAAGGUAAUUCCGUUCAUUCUGGACAUUAUGUUGCAUUUAUUAGAAAAUCUGUCCCUGACAUGCCUGGAGAACAAUGGGUAUUAUAUAAUGACGAAAAGAUUGUCUUAGCACAGGAUACUCAAGAGAUACGUCAAAAUGGGUAUAUCUAUUUCUACUCUCGCUCAUAA